AUGCUAGUUAGAAUAUCUCAUAAUAGACAGAUUUCAUUAGCUUUAGUAAACUCAGUCAGACUGGCAUCCACAACAUCAGCUGCUGCAGUGAAAACAGCUGGCUCUUCGAAACCUCCUGUGUCUAGGGUGAAUGGAGGCGGGACGGCCUCAUUUAAGACCACUAAGGUAAUUGAUCCUAAUAGAAAUGACAAACCUACUGUGGUUAUUUUGGGUUCUGGUUGGGGAGCUAUUGCAUUUUUGAAGCACAUCGAUACUAAAAAAUAUAACGUGUCACUGAUUUCACCAAGGUCACAUUUCCUAUUUACACCUUUAUUACCUUCAACUCCUGUUGGGACGGUCGAUGAAAAAUCAAUUAUUGAACCUGUAGUUAAUUUUGCUUUAAAGAAAAAGGGUAAUGUCACCUACUAUGAAGCAGAAGCAACGUCUAUUAAUCCCGAUAGAAAUACAGUUACAGUUAGUUCAGUAGCUCUUAUCACAGAUUUAAAUCAACCGGGACUAAGAAAAAGUCAUAUUGGAAUUGAUCCAAGUGAACCAGUAGAGAUUAAAUAUGAUUAUUUGAUUAGUGCUGUAGGUGCAGAACCAAACACGUUUAAUAUCCCAGGUGUUAAUGAACAUGGAUUAUUCUUAAAAGAAAUUCCUGAUUCGUUGGAAAUUCGAAAUAAAUUUGCCUCUAACAUCGAGAAAGCUAACUCUUUACCAGAAGGAGACCCCGAAAGAAAGAGGCUAUUAUCUAUUGUGGUCGUUGGAGGUGGUCCAACAGGGGUAGAAACUGCAGGUGAACUACAGGACUAUGUGUCACAAGAUUUACAAAAAUUUCUACCUUCUAUUGCAAAGGAAGUUCAAAUUCAUUUAGUUGAGGCUUUACCAACUGUUUUGAACAUGUUCGAAAAGAAAUUAUCUUCAUACGCUAAAAAAGUGCUAGAAAAGACUACAAUCAAAUUACGCCUGAGUACAGCUGUUGUAAAAGUCGAGGAAAAACAUUUAGUGUCCAAAACAAAGAAUCCAGAAGAUGGCUCAACUACUGAGGAGACAAUCCCGUACGGAACUCUGAUCUGGGCCACAGGUAAUAAAGUGAGACCCUUAAUUUCUGAUUUAUUCAAGAAAAUACCCGAACAGAAUUCAAGUACUAGAGCCUUAGUAACCAACCAAUUCUGUCAAGUAAAAGGUAGUAAUAACAUCUUUGCCAUAGGAGAUAAUGCGUUUAUGGGGCUACCUCCUACAGCACAGGUUGCAAACCAACAGGCUGAAUAUUUAAGUAAACUUUUUGAUAAGAUGUCACAAGUUAAUGGUUUCCACGACCAACUAUCCGCAAGAAAGGAAAAAUAUGAUUUAUUAUUCGAGGAAAAUAAGUUUAAACCAUUUUCCUAUAGACACCUUGGUGCAUUAGCUUAUUUAGGUUCGGAGAAAGCUAUUGCCAAUAUUACAUACGGUAAAAGAUCACUUUAUACAGGCGGCGGAUUGAUGACCUUUUAUAUUUGGAGGAUUGUGUAUCUUUCGAUGUUGUUAUCAGCUAGAACGAGAUUUAAAGUAUGCUUAGAUUGGUUGAAACUAGCUUUCUUCAAGAGAGAUUUCUUCAAAGAGUUAUGA